AUGCCCGAGGGGUCUUGGAAGUGCUGUGAGUGCAGCGAGAACAACAACAGCGAGUUGUGCGGGACGGACGAGAACGACAACAUGAAGUGUAGCGUGGCGCCCUGUAGUCACACAAAGUGCGACGACUGCACAGAGCCAGAUUGA